CCAUAUGCCAGAACGUGGUGACGACGUCGCCCGACGGUUGCCAAAGUGGUCGCGCUGCAACGAAUUUCUUGAUUCCCGGCAGCACCGAGCGCGCGGACUGUUUGUUGGGUACUGUUGACGCCCACUUUAGGUAUUGCUCAUUUUGCGGAGGGGCUGCCCCAUUCAUAGGCGCUAGAAGGCAGGCAGGCAAAGCUCAGAAGCGGCCGAGCACCAUCCGCGACGCGUAGUGUGAGCCAAAUGAUGGUCUCCCACUGAAAAUAACAGGCCAGGUUAAACUGCGCUAUCACCGUCAGCCGCUUCGACGUCGGACAUAGCCUCUCAGCUAACGCCGAAACAGUCCUCUCAGGAAUGGGAUUUGAAUGUUUUGAUUGAAUACUAGAGGACCUCUCCUGUGCUCGCCCCGCCGCGGAAACAGACUGACUUCCUAGUCUCUUGGAUCCUCACCGCUGCCGCAGACCGGCCACCCUCCUCGGCUCAUUGAACCCGGACCGCUCUGGCAUCUGGACGCAUCGGAACCGGUCCGCCGUCGUUGUAGACACAUAAACGUGCCUGUGUGUGCUUUUGCUGCCUGUAUAAUGCCGACACAUUUGCGAUUCCGGAGAAGGUCAUUCCUUGGGCUUUUAUUCCUUUUUUCACUGUCCACCUCCGCAUUGUAUUUCAUCUACUCCGCCCCCGGAAUCGUGAAUGAGUAUGUGUUCAUGGUCCAAGCCAGAGGUAUCCAGAUCAGAGAGAACGUGAAGAACAUUGGGGCUCAGGUUCUGGAGCAGGUGGUGAGAGGGGCUUACAGCAUCAAUGGCACAGAUUAUGCCUACGACUUCAACAUGAGCGAGAGUGAUGCUCCUCCCACCACAUACCUGCCUGAGGACUUCACCUACCUCCCCUCUCAGGUCUGCCCUGAGAGGCUGCUCUCCAUGAAGGGCAGAUUGGAGGUGAAUAUGAACGAGGUAUCUUUGGAGGAGGUGGAGAGAUCUUUGGUGGAGGGAGACCCUGGCAUGGCACCAGGAGGCAACUGGAAGCCCAAAGACUGUUUACCUCGCUGGAAGGUGGCGAUCCUAGUCCCAUUCAGGAACCGACAUGAACACUUACCAAUUCUCCUGAGACACCUGGUGCCAGUGCUGCAGAAACAGAGGCUCCAGUUUGCCUUUUAUCUCAUAGAGCAGGGGGGCACGGAGCCAUUUAACCGAGCCAUGUUGUUCAAUGUGGGCUACAAGGAGGCUAUGAAGGACCUGGACUGGGACUGCCUGAUCUUCCACGAUGUGGACCACCUCAUGGAGAACGACAGAAACUACUACGGCUGCACAGACAUGCCCCGACACUUUGCGGUCAAACUCGACAAGUACUCCUACAUGCUCCCGUAUAAUGAGUUCUUCGGCGGUGUCAGUGGCCUGACGGUGAAGCAGUUCAAAAAGAUUAAUGGAUUUCCUAAUGCAUUCUGGGGCUGGGGAGGAGAGGACGAUGACCUCUGGAACAGGGUGCGGUUUGCCAAUUACACAGUAAGUAGACCACACGGAGAGCAGGGACGAUACAUGUCAAUUCCACAUCAUCAUCGCGGGGAGGUGCAGUUCCUGGGAAGGUAUAGUCUACUACGCCACUCAAAGGAGAGACAGAAAGUGGAUGGUCUUAACAACCUAAACUACUCCCCCCUAGUGUCCAGGAGGCCUCUCUACACGAACAUCACUGUCAGAUUGAGCAGAGAGCUUGCACCCAUAGCUGACUACUGACGUAGGCACAGCUGGACUGCAAAACACAUGGGAAUCAAAGUCCUCUAGGACAUCAGCCAUAUCUCACCAGUUGCAGCACUGCUUUGGACUUUUUAUUUCAUUGAUUCUUUGCUUUGUUUCUUUUGUUCGUAUGCAAAAAAGGAGACUCAAAUAAGUAUGUUGGAUAAAUUAUAUAAGAAAUGAACGUUAAAUGCUGCACUUGCUUGUGCCACAGUCCAUCACUCCUCUCAUCUGGGCUUAUCUAGUGUUCAGUCUCCACAUGCCUUUUGCACCAUUUUGGCCUUCAGCAUCCAUUCAUUCAGUCAUUUUCUGAUUCCGUCAAUGAUUAGCUCAGCCCUACACUAUUGUGCUUGUUUAGUAAAAUAGGCCACGAUACGCGCGCACACUCACGACGUGGUCGUCGAGGCUUUGAUAUUUUCUUUGCUCUUGCACUUCUUAUUUUAAUAAAUGCAGUAAACCUGUGAAAACAUUUUGCAUGCGCACACGACCACAUAGCAACUUGAACCGACAUGGACUCUUGCAGCUGGUUCUGCAGAAGGUAUGCCAAAUCUACAAGUGAAGAGAGCAAGAGAAAAUGAUGUAGAACAGAGUGCGUGUUUUCCGUCAUGUAUACUGUGUGAGAACUAGUUCAUCCUAAGUUUAGAGAAUAUUAAUACCUUAAUCAUCUCUUACCAACUACGUUUUGUCCUGUGAACAUACCAUUUAAAGACUGUGAUGUUUGUGUUUGCAUAGUUGCAUUGGAUGUUCUGGCUGCCCGCAAGUGGCUGUAUGUUGGAGAGCAAUGCUCAUCCUGUUAGCAAUAAGCUGUAAUAUCAGACAGCAGAACUUAGACCUGACUUCCUCACUAUACAGAUGCAAUAGCAUGGGUGCUAGCAUACCCUUAUUGGACUACAGAGAAGGAGCGACUGCAUAUGCAAACUUCACAUUCAACACACCUUUGCCUAAGCAAACAUGCCACCCUUUCCAGAACCCGUGCAUGUCUGUGUGUGUGUCUGUGUGUAUUAAAGUGAGGGAGAGCUAUGCAAAUGGCCUGUAUGUAUCCUGUUGUCUGCGCAAGGACUUCAGGGUGACCUCCAUGAGACUUCAUCCCUGAAAUGGUGACAGACUGACUUUAGACCUCACUUCAUGUGCGGUGUGUAAGUCCAGGCCGGGGAGAGAGAAGCCGUUUUAUUUUUAGGUCCCGCAUCCUCAAUGUUUACUCACCUUCAUUUUUUUUACGGGAGAGAAUUGGAGGAGAGAAUACUUGAUCGCUGUCACUGUUGCUGGUGUUUACAGAAGCGUUUGUUAUUUUUCAGAUUAUCUAGUGUUUGUAAUACUGUUUAACCAGCGCUCCACCACUGUGGGUGCUGUGAAAAGUAUAUCUCUACAACAACCAAUCUACGGCUGCCUUUAUGUUUUUUAACUGACACUUCUUUAUCUAGAUGUGGAUAGGGAAAAGCAGAUCGAAAUGUUUAUCUAAGACAUCAGGUGAUAAACCACUGAUUAGCUCUGUUAGCUUGUGGAGUGUCUUUGUGCAAAUCAUACUUUGGGAUGUUGGUCUGAGUAGUUGAACUAGGGGUUGUUCGGCGGCGUGCAGCCUAACACUGUGCAGCGACACGGACGGCAGUUGCUAAAAUGUCCCUUUUCUGAUUUGUGUGUUUGACAGUGUUGAUUUUGAGUAAAAUAUCCCAAUACUGUAAACUAGUUCCGUUAAAAAAAAGUGAAAAACAAAAAAAAGCAAAAAACAAAACAAAACACAGACACUUUCUCCUCACUGUCUGUCCUCUAGUCAUGCAGCUACUUCAUUUCACACAAAUCGCCUUGUAUGCAUUUCUUAUGAAGUAUCGUUUGGGGAAAAUGUGAGUGGUUGUGUUCCAACAAUGAAAUAAGAAGAGGCAGGACCUCGUUUUAUUUAUUUGAUUUGUUAUGGUUUAUUUUCUGUAAUUGUUUUUAUUUUUCUUGCGGUUGAUGUGAUGAUGUAGUAGGUGGCAUACGACAGGCUGUGUUAGAUGCACUGAAACUUGUAGUUAUGUGUAUUUGUGUGGGAUUGUGAGGUUCACGUCUGUGUAAGCAGGGAGCUGUUCCAUUUCAUUCAGACGCAGAUUUCUUUGCGAGUGGCUGCGCUCGAUGAAACGGAACAGGACCUGCAGCCCGGUGUGUAUUAAUCUGCUGAACGGACACGUUGGAGGAGGCCAUUUUGUGUGACAACCACAGGAAGAGCAACACACCUAAUCAGAAAAUGCUAGUGGUCACAAUCUUUCACUGAGCACCUCUUUUAUACUAAUUGAUAAUCAAUGGUGCUGACCUUCCAGAGCUCCCUUUGAGGGAUUCUCUGUCUACGUGCUUACCGGAACCAAUCUAAAAGUCAUAAAGGCUUGUAUCUGCAGGCGAAACAUCCCUCCGCCUUUCAUUUACUUCCCGCCUACAUAUAAAUGGCAUAGAUAUUCAAUGUUUUUCCACCCGUACAUUUGUAAACCUGCUGCCUUCUCAUCCCACCAGGUGACGCUAAUUCAUGUACUUGUUGUUCUGGUUCGUUGCCACAAACUGAAGCGCGUGUUGUUUACCUCCUAGCCAAUCACUCCGGAGGUGCCCAGCGGAAGUUGCGGACACUAGCAGCAUUUGUGUUCAGUUUUCUUUUCCAUGUGCGUUCGAGUGAAAUGGCUGAACCUCUCAGAGGUCUGACUGUCCUCCAUCUAGUUUUUCUUUUUUUUAAUCUUGUUUUCCUUGCACUGAUUAGAAAAUCAUUUCUGGUGUUCUUGGUUGUGAACAACUCACAGCUUCUUUUCUGGGUCUUGACAUUUGCAUAACACACUGUAUAUUAUACUUUUAUGUUUUCAUUGCUUUAAAUUAACAGCUAAAUGGAGAUAUAGCAAAAGCCAAAUGUUUAGUUUGAGUGUUUUGGGUGAAGAUUCAGACCUUGAGCGUCCUCUCAGUAUAAAGAGGCCCUCUGGAUGACGUAGAUGUUCUUGGACUCAAUGUUAGACUCUUAUACUUCAAUCUAGAACAAGCACCAUCAUCAACACGAUGGGUUUUCUGUGACUGCCAGACAGAUUUGUCCACUAGAAGUCUCAGUAAUGGGGGCAAAUCAGUCAACGCACUCUUCCUUUUUAUUUAAAACAGGAAGUUGGUUGCUUUCGGUUGGCGAUAAGAGCAUGCCGGCUAGUCUUGUUCCUGUUAAAUAUACUAUACAUGGUCUGUCUCGGCCCAGACCAAGACCAAGCCUGCUGUUCACUCAAGAGGCUUCAUCGUACCAUAAUCUCACCUGCUCUGAUCCAUUCUGUGCCAGUUUACAUGAAGAGACCACUCUGUGGGCAUCUGACAAGACUGGCAGCCUUAAAGCUUCUUAAUUUAUUGCAGUGUUUUUUCACUCAAGUUUUUAUUUUUUUUAUAAGCAAAAAUAUUUAAAUUGGAAAAAAAGUGUAUAUCAAGAAAAUGAUUAUUGUAAAUAUUGUUGUGUGUAGUGUUUUAGAAAUUCUAUAAGGUCUUAAAUCACUACAGAUGCUAGCAUAAAGAACAAGGCUUUGGAGGGGUUUGGCUGGCGGUUGGUCCGGUGCCAUUUAAGUGCUAGUGAAGCUUACACAGCGACAUCAAUGUUUUUACAUCACUGCUUCCCAGCACAGCCUUUUUUUUUUAAAGAAAAAAACAAACAAAGAUAUCCCUAUCCCAUAAAUUUUAGCUCUCUCUCUCACAAUCUCUGAGGUGUUCUGCAUUUCCGAGGCCUCCCUGCACUUAUUAAUAUGCUGUAGCAGUUGAAGAGACACCAUCGUGGCAGACGUAGGCAUCAGUCUUCAGAUGAAGUUCGGUGUCCUUGUUUCUGCCUGUUAUGUCUCUUUGAUAGCGACAGCAGUCGGGGUAAGGUGUUGGUCAGGGGAAAGCGCUGCAGGAUAGCGAUGUGUCAGCCAAAAACACCAUAUGCUUACAAUGCAAUGAAACAUGGGCACCCGAACCAGCGACACCAUCCACUCUAAAAAUCCACACAGAUUCAUUUUUUUGUAUUAAAGCAAACUAUUAGAAAAAAAAGAUAAAGGAUACAGAUCGCUAAAUUUAAAAUAUAUCUUCUCUGAUUGUAAGGAGAGAAAUUCUCCUUGAAUUGAAGCCAUUUGAAGCCACUUGUCGAAACUUGAUGUCAGCCUUAUGUGAAUCUGUUUGUGUAUCGGCAUAUUAUCUUUUGAUUAUUGAAAUUUGUAUGAUGGAGAUUUUCUUUUAUACCAUCAUUGUUAUUGUCAAAGUACACCAAUAAAAUGAAACUUGUAAAGAUACAGUA